AUGAGUUUAAUGUCAAGUGAUGAAGUGGCAUUAUUGAACGAUGCACGUUAUAAAAAUUUUAUUUCUACAUUAGAAAAAGUAUUGAAACAAUUUGAAUAUUCGUCUGAAUGGGCUGAUUUAAUAACAAAUUUAGUCAAAGUUAAAAAGACAAUCGAAAAUUAUCCAAAAUUUCAAUCAAUACCGAAAAGAAUAACAUUAUCAAAACGUUUAGCACAAUGUCUUCAUCCAGCAUUACCAUCCGGUGUUCAUUUAAAAGCGCUGGAAGUUUAUGCUUCCAUAUUUCAGAUGAUAGGAAAACGAAAUUUACAGCGUGAUAUUAUACUAUACUCACUGGGUCUAUUUCCAUUGUUACCGUCCGCUGCGUUACCGGUCAAACCCGUCCUUUUGUCACUAUACGAAACAUAUCUUUUACCAUUAGGUGAAAGUUUGAAUCCUGUUCUAAUCGAUCUAUUUCUGGGUUUAUUUCCAGCAUUAGAAGAAGGAUCUGAUUAUUUUGAUAGAACAUAUCAGUUAUUAGAUAACAUUUUAUUGAAAAUUGAUAAAUUUUAUUUUUAUUCUUGUAUAUGGUCAGCAAUGCAUUUGCUACCAUCAGCACGUUAUCCAGCAAUAAUAUACAUAUUGAGCCAUUUUGAUAGACGAAAAAGUAUGGAAGAUCAAUUACAUCUAAUGGGAUUAUCCAUUGAAACAUUAGUAUCAGCCGUAUGUGUGUGUUUACAAGAUACUGAACAAUCUUUGGUACAACGUUCAAUAUUAGAUUUUCUUUUAACAUGUUUACCAAUGAAUAAUAAACAAUUGACGAAAAUAGAUUUGAUGAAAAUCAUUACUGUAUCAUUAAAUAUUUUAUUAAAACGUAAUAUGUCUUUAAAUCGUCGAAUUUAUUCAUGGUUUCUUGACUCUGAACAGUUGCCAUUACAAGCACAAGAUUCUAUUGUUUCAACAACUGUAACACAAACAUGCGGCACAUCAACGGUAGCAGAAUUCACUUAUUUUACUCAAUAUACACACGAUAAUCUAAUUCAUGCUUUAAUAAAUGCCCUUGAGUCAAUGAAAGCAGUGCCUUUAACAUAUGAUACCAUAAUACCGAUCACAAUUGACACAAUGUCAAGUUCGUGGACAUUAACAAAAUUAUUACGUGUUCUAAUUAUAUUAGUUGAUAAACCAGAUGUUGGUCCAAAUAUACUCGAAUAUGUAUUAAUGAAUUAUUUAUUAAUUGUAUAUAAACAAGUAUACUUCGAAACAAAAGUUUCUUCAGCUAUGAAUAUACAACAAGAAAAUCAACGAUCAGAAACAUUAAAAACAUUAAAUGUACUAUUGGAUACAUUUGAACCCUAUUUUAUUUGGGAAUUUUUAACAAAAAAUUUUGAUCUUAUUCUAACGCAGACUGAUCAACAACAGGAAUUAGUUCCAUUUAAAUUGACAACAACGGGUGGUGCAACGAUUGAAACAUUAUGUGGAGUUAUUCAGAUGUUACUCGAUAUUGCUUCGUUGGAUUCUUCACCAGAUAUUCAAAUUGAUUAUCUUCCUGAAAUGUUAUACCAUCUCAUUAAAAUAAUGAAUACGCACAUUGUAAAAUUUUCUGCUCAACAAAUUAGUGUAUGUGUUCAAACGUUAUUAAAAAUUUUAAAAAAGGUUGUUUCAUCAGAUACUCGACAUUUAUCUAUAUUUCGUCGUUCAACAAUUAACGAGCGUAGUUCACUAAUUCAGAAAAUAAUUAAUGACGAUAGUGUUCUAGAAGAUGAGAAAAAGAGUGCAAGUAGAUCUGAUGAUGAUGAAGAAAAUGUUAAUAGUAGAUUAAUCAAUGAAAAUGAUUAUUCAAUGAAUGUUUAUAAUAAACUUAUUAAAACAAAUAGUAUUGGACAAUUACAACAAUCUUCUUUAAUAAUAGAUCAAUGUUCAGUUGAUGUUGAACGUUUAUUAAGACAUAUGGUUCGUACUAUUGAAAAACAAGUAUAUAUUCACAUAGAACCAGUGUCAACGUCGACAACAAGUUCACAUAAAUUAACGAGAACAUCAACAUCAAUCAAUAAAAAUGUUUUAAAAUCAAUUAAUCAUAUUGAAAAAACGUUAAAUUUGUAUAAAGCAUUUUUUCAUUGUUUCAUAACAACAUUUAUUAUUUCAAAUGAUAGUCAACAAAUUAAAGAAAAAUUCAAAAAAAUGUAUUCACUAACACAAAAAAAAACUCAUGAUAAUAUUUGUGCACUAUUUAAUCAAUACUAUCGACAACAAACUGAGUUCUCUCUAAAAUUGAAUGAUAAUGUUGAAUUAUAUAGGAAAUCUUUCGAAGACUGUUGCAAAUUACUCGUCGAUUUAUGUUGCUUUCCAAGACAAUUUACAAACGAUAAUACCAAGCAAACACCGGUUGCAGAUUCAAUUGAAUUUGAUGAUUGGUGUAUGGAUUUAUGUGUUUUAUCGAUAUGUUGUAGUAACCAUUUUUCUAUUCAAACAAUAUCCAUUUCUGUUCUUAUUGAAUUAGUCGAUUAUUCAUUAUGUCUAUAUUGUUCAUCAAAUAAUGUUAGCAAAUCAGCAUUGAUCGAUCAACAAAAACUACCAAAUACUUCUUUAAUCUUUCACAAUUUACCGACCACACCAAAAACAAUCGACAAUUCUAUUGUACCACUUACGAAUAGCCUGAAUGAACAUAUACCAAUUUUUCCACCGUUUACUCAAGAUCAAGUGAAUUUUUUGACAGUUGAUACACUUUAUUUUCAACAUGUAACAUCGUAUUUAUGGGAACAUUUAAGUGAUGAAUAUCAGCAACAAUACAAUAUAAAAUCAUCUCGUCUAUUAUUAAUGUUACACUCAAUGUUACCAUCGCGUGAUUGUGAAGAUAUGAUAUGUAAUCAAUUAUCAUCCACACAUAUUCAACAGUAUGAUAAUGAAUUUCAAAUAAUAGAAUCAUACAAACGUUUUUUUAAAUUAUGGAAUUCAACACGUGAUUUAUUAUCAACAUCUACCUUACGUUUAACAAAAACAUUUGAACGAUGUCUACUGAUUGUUUUAAGUAUAUUGAAUGAAUCGAAUAAUCAUUGUCUAAAAUUGAUGGUACAACAGUGGAUAUGUGACCGUUUUAUACAAGGUGAUAUGUAUAGAAUAUUUGAUAUACUGUUUAUUAUGUUAUUACAUCCUGAUACAGCUAGAAUAUCGAUACAAAAACUAAAUCCAAUAAAUCAUCGUGAUUAUUUCCAGAAACAAAUUUCAUUAGUUUCUCCUGAACAAAGUUUAAUAAAUUCAAAUUUCAAAAAAAUGGCUGAUCUUGACGAGGAUGAAGAUGAUGGCGAUAUAAACAAAAUGACAUUUCAAAUAUCAUCGAAUACAUUUGAUGAUAUGGAGGGUGAGGAUACAUUCGUCGAUGAACAUGAAAUACCCACAGAAGAUGACCUACAACAUCAUGAAGGUGAUACUGAGGCAACUGACGAAGAUCCAGAGGCAAAAAUUGGUGCAAUUAGUUGUGAGUCUGGUGAAGUUGUUUAUCAUGUUAAACAAUCAUCGCCAAAUUUAAAAUCCCAAGUAGCAAAAGCAAACAAACAAACAACAUUAAGUUUAUCUCAACCAGUAUUAACUAAUCCUGUAAUACCUCCUAUAAACAACGAUCAAUUGAAAGUCAUUAAAAGACGAGCACCUACUUUACCACCAAAUUUUCAUAAUAAAAGUAUAAAUACUAUUACUCAUGAUAACACCAACUUAAAAAACAAUAAUAAUAGUAAAAUGUUUAGUUCAGUGCAUGAAGAUUUAGUCGAUAAUCCUGAUGCGUCUGUAACAACAAAACCCGAUUUAUCCUAUCUGUUAUCAGUUGAUUUAAAAUCUGUUCCACAUUUAAAUAAUUCAUCAUCAUCAACAUAUUCUCGUCGUCCUCAUUCAGCUGGUUCAUCAUCUCAAACGUUUUCAGCAUCUGCAGAUGAUAUUGAUACUAUUCCUAUCACAUCAUUGAGUGAAUCUAAUUUUCUUACAGUAUUGGUACCAACAACUACAUCAUUCAAUCAAAAUACUGUAGCAAAACAAUCACGAGAUAUGACAUUAAAUUCUUCUUCAGCUACUGUAUUAGCUGAAAAAAAUAAAAAGAUUGAUGGUCAUUUAGCUUACAUAUUACUAUAUACUCAACCAUAUGAUUAUAAUCGUGUUCUAUUCUCAAUGACAUUAAUUGAAAGUUUAAUUGAUCUAAUACCCAAACAAUUGAUUCAAACAUUAUCGUAUACAAAUCAUAAUAAAACAUCUACAAUAAAUAUUCAUAAUAGUAGAAUGUACGAAUUAUAUACAAGACAUAAACGAUCAAUAGAAGGUAAAAAUUUUUAUUCAUCAAUUGAACAACAACAACAACAACAACAAAUAAUGCCCUGUUAUUUAUAUACAAUGAUUAACAUUCUAUUAACAUAUGUGAGAAGUUAUUAUCCAACAAGUUUUAGACAAAAAUUAAAUUUACAUGAUAUGCGAGAGAAUCGAAAAGUUCAUAUACGAACAUUAAAUUUAUUAGCUAGAAUAUGUCAUGAUUUGUCAUUUAUCUGUAUAGAUACAACAUCAACAUUAUUCAUUAAUUUUAUUAUUGAUUUAUUGAACAAAACAGCAUUGCAAAAAACAAUUUUACAUCUAUUUCAUACAGCGGUAGAAAAAGUAAUACCAUCAUCAACACAUGAAAAUAUCCAACAACAAGUUAAAUCAUCCGAAACACUAAUAAACAUGACAUCACGUCAACAAAAAUUAAAAACCUUAUCAAAAACAAUAUUGGACUAUAACAUCGAGCCAGUAUAUGAUGAAUUCAGUCGACAAUAUUUAAAACAAUUAGCUCAAUUAUUAGAAGAAAUUGUAUUUCUCGAACAUGUGGUAGUCCAAUGUCAACAUUCUCAGAAAUCAUCAAAUGACAAAACAUCAACAAGUACAAACGCUAUUUCAACAUCAAAUACUCUUAUAUCUGUAUCAUCAAAUGGAUUUGGUUCUCAAAUGUUAGAUCAUAAUUCAUCAUGGUCAUCACCCAUCUCACCAUUUACAAUAAAGCAAUCGUUACCCUUGGAACUAGAUUUCAUUUCACUAUUGCCAUCGACAUUAGCUACUACAACUCUAAUAACAAAAAAUACUGGCUCAUCCCCAACUACAACAUUACGUUAUAUCGAUAAUCAGCCAGUUGUUAAUCAAAGUUUAUUUCUAUCAUCAAUAUUACAAUAUUUGAAACAAAUUGAUUUUAUUGAAAAUCAUCGAUAUAUAAUUAGUCUUUGUAUUCGAAUAUUGCCACAUUGUGGUUCAUCAUUGAAGUCAAUUGGUAGUCUAGUUGUAGAACAAAUGUGUCGAAAUUUAUGCUAUGUGGUUCAAGCUCAUCAUCAACGUUCAAUACAAUCAAUAAAUAUAUUUAGAACAAGAUUGUUACCACAUUUUGAUGUUAUCGACUAUGUUAUUCAUUUAAUUCAACUUUUAUCAUAUAUUUGUAAUUAUUGUUUAUUAGGAAUCGAGAAUGAGAAAAUAAAUGUACAAAUGUCGACAGUAACAUUGACACAAUACUGGAUGAAAAAUGCAAAUUUGAGUGAGCGUGACUUAUAUGAUGCUCGUCAAUCAAUUUUAAAUCAGUUGCCAUCAAUAUUAUCGAGUUUAUUAUUUAUAUGGAAAACUGUUUCGGAACAACUAUUAUUUGAAUUACCAGAACAAACAAUAACAACAACAAUAAAUCUUAAUUUUCAAAAACAAUAUAAAAAUCCUUGGCCUAAUCAAUCAGUUAAACAAAUACGUCAAACAAUUUUAGAACUAUUAAGUUCAUUAACAAAACAUAAUGGUAUUUCAUUUAUGUUAGCUAUUGCUGUAUGCUGGGGAGAACGAAAACGGCAACAACGAUUAAAAUCAACUGCGCAAUCACCAAAAUUAUCCACGGGUAGUAUCGGUGUAACAACAUCAACAAUAUUAACAAUGCCAAGAGAUAAUAUUGGUGAAAUACAAGCACUUAUUGAUAUAGUCAUGAAUAUUAAAAAUUAUACAAUUAAUGAUAUCAUAGCAAAUAUGAAUGAAUUAAUUCGGAAUCAACUGACAGUAAGAGACAAGAAAAAACAAAAUUACGAUGUUUGGUGUCUACAAUUUCUAUUAGCUUAUUUAGAACAGCAAAAAAGUCUAACUGUUGAUUUUUGGCCACAAUUAUCGUUUAUGUUCAAAGAAUGUCUGUCAUCUCAACCGAUCUCUCAGUCAGCAACAUUUUUGAUUCUAAGAAUAUUAAGUUUCUAUGUAAAACGAUUACCAACAAUUUCUGAGAAACGUGAUAUGAGAGAUUUACAGGAUAUAACAAUGCGCGUACUUGAUAAUUGUAAUAUUAUUGUUGCCUCAUCUCUGCAACAAACAACAUGGCUAAGAAAAAAUCUUCAAGUACGUUUAGCAAAUAGCGAUGGAACAGUAGUGAAAAAUAAUGAACAAUUAUUAGACGUUCCUAUUGCUGUAUCUCAAACAAUGAUUAGUUUUGAUUCAUCGAACACAAAUUAUAGCCUCCUAGCAUUAUCCAUAUUAGCCGAACAUGCUGCAUCAUUACUCGAUAUUGUUUAUAGUAAAAUAGAUGAAAAAGAAAGAAUAGUAAUACCAUUUUUACAAAAUUUAGUACCAAAUGUUAUACCCUACGUUAAGACUCACGUACAAUUGAAUGCAUCGUCGUAUCGUUGUGCAUCCCAAUUAUUAAUGAAUUUAUCUCAAUAUUCGUAUACGCGUAAAGCAUGGAAAAAAGAAGCAUUUGAACAAUUGUUUGAUCCAUCCUUCUUUCAAUUAGAUAUACAAGCAUUAAAAUCAUGGAAAAUAAUUGUCGAUAAUUUGAUUACAAAUGAACGUCCAACGUCAUUUCGUGAUGUAAUGACAAAAAUAAACACAAUACAAACGGGUUUAUUUAUAUCUAAAGAAUAUGAAUAUGAACAACGUGCUAUGUUAGUUAAACGUUUUGCAUUUGUUAUCUAUUCAUCAGAAAAAGAUCAAUAUAAUAGACAAUUACCCGAAAUAUUGGAACGAAUUACCGAUUUACUAAAAUUACCACAAAUGCCUACAUUACAUACACAAAUGUUUUUAUUUUUCCGUGUACUUUUGCUACGUAUUGCAUCAAGAAAUUUAAUAUCAUUAUGGCCAAUAUUAAUGGCAGAAUUAGUACAAGUAUUAUUGCAAUUUGAACAAGAUCUGUUAUCCGAUUUGGAUGGUGAAGCAAAAUCUCAUAUUCAACGUUUGGCAAUGAACGAUUUGGCUUCGACAACUGUGUCAAGUACACCAUCUGGUCAAGGUUUAAAUCCUGCGUUAAAAAUGUAUUUGUUUGCCUGUAAAUUGCUUGAUGUAUUAUUAGCAAUGCCUUAUUCUGAAUUAUAUCAUUUUCAGUUAUUUCGCUCCGCGUUUGUAAGUGAUGAAGAUGGUGGACGUAAAACAAAUACGGAUUCAUUUAUUGCUUUUUCAGCAAGAUUAUCAAAAUUGCUUGAACGAAAGUUAACGUUGUCGAUAACGGCCGAAGAAGGAACGGGAACUUUUACAGUCCUAACUAAUGUUCGAUUAUGUUAG